AUGGCCUAUCUAAAUUUGGCGUCAGCUGCCAAUUCGACAUCAUCGUCAACAUCAUCACCUUAUUCACAUGUUAAUAGUAAUGGAGGAAUAUCAACGUUACCACCAUCACUUGCAUCGAAUUCUUCAUCUCUAUUUGGGUCAGUUGGUGGCGGAAAGCAAUGGACAACGAUAGGACAACCAAUAUCAUCGUCAUCCUCUUCAUCAUCAACAUUAACACAACAACUUCUAAUGAAACAGCAGCAACAUCUUCUGAAUAAUCAACAAACAAAUUUAUUGAGUUCACCGGCAUCUACAUCACAUUUUGAUAGUAUCCUAGGACUAACCAUGGCAUCAGCAUUAGCAUCAUCUUCGCAGACUACCAUGGAAAAAAAUUUUGAAUUACAACAAGAAGAUUUUCCUCCAUUACCGCAUCGUAGUAAUUCUCAUGAACCAUCGUCAUCAUCAACUAAUAUUCAACCACUUUAUCAAAGUCAAUUUUCAUCAUCAUCAUCAUCAUCAAAUUCGCAUCAACCAAUAUCGAAUGGGUACAGUUCAUCUCAACUACAACAACAACAACAACAACAGCAUUCACAAUCACAAUCACCAAUAUCAUUUAAAUCAACUAUCGAUCCAUUGAGUACAUUAAUGAGUCGACGUCCAACAUCAGUUAAUAAUAAAACAGCAUCGCUAACAAAUAACUCAUCAUCAUCAACAUCAACAAAUUCACAACCACUAUCAAAUACAUCAACAACUAAUACAAAUGGUCUACCUUCAUCAACAAUUACAGAUCAAUACGGUCUAGUUGGUCUUCUACAAAUGAUUCAACAAGCAGAAAAAAGUCCUGAAACAUCAACGUUACUCAAUUAUGAUCUGACUACGCUUGGACUAAGUAUGGACAGUCAAAAUGAUUUAUAUCCAUCAUUCCUAUCUCCGUUCUCCGAUAGUCAAGCACGACCAUAUGAAAUUGAUUAUCAAGUUCCAUUUGAAUAUCAAAUGGGAUUGCAAAUACGUGAAAAAUUACCUCCACUUAAUUUUAACACAUUAAAUGAAGAUACAUUAUUUUUUUUAUUUUAUUUAUUUGGUAAUGAUCAUGUGCAAUUAUUAGCUGCUGCUGAAUUAUAUCGACGAGAUUGGCGUUAUCAUAAAGAAGAACGUAUAUGGUUAACAAGAAUAAAAAAUAUUAUGCCUGAUCAGAAAUUUGAUACGUAUGAAACAGGUGUUUAUUGUGUAUUCGAUGUACAACUUUGGCGUAAAACACAUAAAAGUAUGCGAAUUGAUUACGAUAAACUAGAUGUAAAUCCUGUAUCGAAACAAGAUGCAUUCGCUUCUAAAAUACUUCAACAACAGUCUUCUGUACAACAACAGCAACAAUAUGCGCCUGUAUCAUCGUAUAAUACGAAUUCUAGAUAG